AGUUUCUCGCUCUCCACCUACGUCGCUCACAUAGAAGGGGUGGACCGAACUGAAAAGGGAAAAAGGAAAAGCCUUGCAAUUUUUGACAGGAUGACCAACAUUUUCUUAAACAUGGCGUCGAUAGGUGACUUCGACCCCCUCAGCGCGUCUAUUCCUGCCACCAAAGUUGAAAUCACGGUGUCCUGCAGAAACCUGCUGGACAGGGACACCUUUUCGAAAUCAGACCCGAUUUGUGUUCUGUACACGCAAGGCAUGGGCAACAAGGAAUGGAGAGAGUUUGGGAGAACAGAAGUGAUUGACAACACGCUAAACCCAGACUUUGUGCGGAAAUUCAUUUUGGACUACUUCUUUGAAGAGCGGCAGAACCUCAGAUUUGACUUGUAUGAUGUUGACUCCAAGAGCGCCAACCUGUCAAAACAUGAUUUUCUGGGCCAGGCCUACUCUACUCUCGGGGAGGUGGUUGGUUCAUUGGGCAGUCGUGUGGAAAAAGCUCUAGGAGGGAUUCCAGGGAAGAAAUGCGGGACCAUUAUUGUGAAAGCAGAGGAGCUGAACAACUGCAGGGAAUCAGUGAUGAUGCAGUUCUGUGGGAACAAGUUAGACAAAAAAGAUUUCUUUGGAAAGUCCGACCCAUUCCUGGUCUUCUACAGGAGCAACGAGGACGGCACGUUUACCAUCUGCCACAAGACAGAGGUGGUGAAGAACACAUUAAAUCCAGUUUGGCAGGCCUUUAAAAUUCCUGUCCGGGCUCUUUGCAAUGGUGAUUAUGACAGAACAAUCAAGGUUGAGGUAUAUGACUGGGACAGAGAUGGCAGUCACGACUUUAUUGGAGAUUUCAGCACCAGCUACAGAGAAUUAUCCAGAGGGCAGAGCCAAUUCAAUGUCUAUGAGGUGGUCAAUCCAAAGAAGAAAGGGAAGAAGAAGAAAUACCUGAACUCUGGAACAGUUACGCUGCUGUCAUUCCUGGUGGACAUUGAAGUUAGCUUCCUGGACUACAUAAAAGGAGGGACCCAGAUUAACUUCACAGUGGCCAUUGAUUUCACAGCUUCCAAUGGUAACCCAGCCCAGCCCACCUCACUCCACUACAUGAGUCCCUACCAGCUGAAUGCCUAUGCCAUGGCCCUGAAGGCAGUAGGGGAGAUCAUCCAGGACUAUGACAGUGAUAAGAUGUUCCCCGCGCUGGGCUUCGGGGCCAAGCUACCACCUGACGGACGAGUCUCCCACGAGUUUGCCUUGCAGAAUGGGAAUCCUCAAAACCCUUACUGUGCAGGUAUUGACGGGGUGAUGGAAGCCUACUACCAGAGUCUGAAGUCAGUUCAGCUCUACGGACCCACCAACUUCUCCCCUGUCAUCAACCAUGUGGCCAGGUAUGCAGCUUCAGUGAAGGAUGGCUCCCAGUACUUUGUGCUCCUCAUCAUCACAGAUGGCGUCAUCUCAGACAUGGCCCAGACUAAGGAAUCUAUUGUCAACGCCUCCUGUCUGCCAAUGUCAAUCAUCAUUGUUGGGGUAGGGCCUGCAGAAUUUGAUGCCAUGGUUGAGUUGGAUGGUGAUGAAAUCAGAAUUUCAUCCAGAGGAAGAUACGCUGAGAGAGACAUUGUUCAGUUUGUCCCAUUCAGAGACUACAUCGACCGGACAGGGAACCACAUCCUGAGCAUGGCCCGGCUUGCCAAAGACGUCUUGGCUGAGAUCCCCGACCAGUUCCUCUCUUACAUGAGGACCCGUGGGAUCAAGCCAUCGCCGGCACCGCCACCCUACACACCACCAGGAUGCCCACGUGCCCAGGGGUUUCGUCCCAUUGUGUCGUCUAACACCCACAUCCCACCCCUAUGUUUAAAAUGACAGCAGCUGCUCUCAAACAGAAAACUGUUUGAGCAAAAAUAGCCCAGUGGUCAAAAAUGCAGAGAAAAACUCACUUUCCCUAUGUUAGCUUUUUUUUCCAUUUUACUUUUUUGGUGUGUAUUUUUAAUUGCACCUUUGAUAUAGCUUUUUAUAUGUUUGUUUUUAUGAUGUGUAUUCAUAUGUGCCAAUCAUACAUAAAAGGAUGAUUUGUGUGAUUUCCAGUGAAGAAUGAGAUUUGUGUUUGUGUUGUAAUGAAAGUGUGUUUAAGUGAUGCCUGAUCAUGAUAAUGUGAAUGAGAUUUGUGUGUUUGUAUGAAACAACUAUUUCUUUUCAAACAACAUGAGAUGGAAUGUUUAAAAAGUCUUACAAUAAGUGUGAAUGCGGGAACAUUUUAACAUUUAUUGGAUAGUAAGUAAAUUACAUCACAGCACCAACGAUGUGAAAGGUCAUUUUGGGGUUGCAGUAAUGUUAAAGCUUGGAGUAUUUUUGUUGUAUCAACACUUAAAAUAGUUUGCUUCAUGUUACCAAAACCUAUUUCACAAGGAAUUUUUUUAUAGUGAACCUGAUUUUUGCAGAUGUUACAUGCAAUUUUUACACAUCUAAUUACAAAGUCAAACCAGACAGUGUCAAAGUGACGACACAGCAAACACUGUGUAAUGGUCAGUAAUCGACUAUAUAAACAAUACAUAAUAUAAUACAUAAACAAUUUUAAUGUUAUUGUUAAAUCCAAUUUUGAAAAUACAGAUCAUUACAUAAAUAAUUUAGCACCUGGGAUAAAUAUUACUAUACAACUUAUUACCUAAAUAUUUCCAGAAAGGUUACUGGCUGUUCUAAUAAUUUUGUACUCCAAUUAAUUCACAUAAAUUCACUAUUCAAAAAGCUCAAUAUCACCACAUUAUCCAGUGAGUAGCUCUGAUUUCUUAUAAAAGGGAGACUUUUUAAUGAAAUCACUGUUGCACUAAGGUCUCAACAUACUGUGUAAUUUUGGUAAUUUUCAGGCAUGGCCGACGAGAUUUCCAAGAUUUUCUGUUUAAAACAGUCAGCUGACCACAGAGUCAAUUAGCCUUGUCCUACAUCCAUAGAUGCCCCUGUACUGUUGGUCUAUGGCGAAGUUUUUAGCAUUUAGAUUGAUCCAUCACAAAUUAUGACAGAAGACUCACUAUGGCUUGCACAAUCAUACCAAGUUUUUACUUAGGUUCCGUUGUACAAGAUGUCUUACAAGCAAUGUAUGGCUAAGUUACAGUAUGUGGAUCUUAAACCUGUCUCCUCCUUUUCAUCUCCAUCUCCUUUUUUUAAAAGGGUACAUUUGGAUUACAUAAUUUUUAGAUGUUUUCAACACUAUUUGUCACCAACAAUACCAACGAUAAAAAGUUUGCUAGUGGCUCAAAGCCAUAUCGUUAAAUUAACACAAGAAAAAAGACACCAGAGACUCUGACCAUUCAAAGUGACAUUAUAAAAAAAUACAUCCUAGAUGUCUUCUAACACUACACAGCAGAGUGACCAAACCUGAUUAUUUGUAACUGACAUUUUAUACUGUUUUAAACAUCUUACACUGCUGCCUUGUCUAGUUGGUUGAUAUUCUCAAAGUCAUCCUUCUGUUCUCACAGUCUCCCCAUGUAUUGCUACAACAGAUUGCCGAUACAGUAGGAUUAACUUUGUGUCUAUUUGUGUGCUCAGUGGGUACAGUCAUUCUUGUAGCUACCCAAUGCGUUCAAAGCAUAGCUGGAUACAUCAUUAGGUUUGCCAGUCAAAGUAAGGAGCUCAUUACUGCCUCAGCAGAUAUACUGUAAAUCUCUCAUCCUCCAAACUUUUAAAGAUCCAACACUGCGGGGGUCAGAGUUUGGUUUAUUAGAGCUUUUGUUGAUUGGAAUGGUAGAGAAGGAGGUUGAGAUUACCUGCUUGGAGUCAGCUAAGUUUCUGAUAUUAGUCCUUGGUGACAAUUUAGUAUGAAUCCUUUCAGGUGGAGACAAAUUACUUUAUAUAAAGAUAAAAGCAAGAUCUUUGUAGCAGCAAAACUAUGGUUUAUUACUACGUAGGUUUUAUUUUUGUUGCUCCAGCAACUGGUCAGCAAACUGAGUUUGUAAUGUAAGUUACUGAGCAAUAUUUAUCUAAAGUUUCCUAACGUUAUCUAACAUUAGCUACUAAGCUAAUGUUCAUACCAGACCAAAUAAAGCUGUAGUAGCAAAACCCAUGAGUGUAUUAAAUACAUCAAGGGUGCAUCUUAUUGCUAAUGAACUCAACUUUUUAUUUAUGAGGAGAAAUGUCUUAUUUCUUCUGUCAAAUGUUACAGCGUCUCACUUUAAAGAUUAAAACAUGCUCCAAUAGAAAAGAUAUAACACAGGGAGAUAUAUCAAAGUAAAUUUACUCAGUAAGUCUUUUUUUUUCUAAAAAUUUAAGUUAAGUCAAUGUUGCUGAAAUUGGAUUGGAAAAAUCCAAACAGCAAAUUCAAGAUGAAAAUUUUAAAGCAAGGGUUACCAAGAGUAAUCAGUCAAGCCUGAAUGGAAUUGAUCAGACGUCUGUCCUAUCAGGUUAUGAUCCUUCAGUCAUAUAAUCCUAGAAAGACUUCAGAUGAAUGACUGAAAAUUUCAGACAGUUUAAUUUUUCAUCUAAACUUUUGAACCUGUGAAAAAAAGAAACAUUUUUGAAACUGCGAAAAUCUGAAACGAAGUCUAUUUAGAUAAAAUGGUUUCAAAGUAAAAUGUUUCAGUGCAGUAAAAUUAAAUUUUCAAAAAUUUUUCAGUUGCAACAUUUAUUCAUUUGCUUAUAAAAGUUUAAUUAUUUUUGCUUUUCUUUGCCUCCAUACCCACACACACAAACACAAAUUACUGCCAUAGUAAUAUGUGUAUGUUUGUGUUGGUCUGCUUUGGUUGAAUAAAUAUGCAUAAAUAUUUUUUUUAAAACUUUUAAAUAUACAUUGCUUGCUUUUUAAUCAUAGUACAACAGCUCACUAACCAAGCCCCAUGAAGCCACGAGUCUUAGUAUGUGUGUGUCUGUGUGUAUGCAUGCAUGUGUUUGAUAUAAGUAACUUUCUGCGUGUGUGCACACGAGUAUGUAUGUGUGUGCCUGAGGCACUUUUAGAAGAGUUUUAUUGGACUGUGUGAGGUGUUACACAUAAGAUCUUUGUUUACUAAAGCUAUCCAAAUAAUAUAUUGUAUGCUCGUCAUAUCUUCUUAACAAUGUGCACUAUGUUUGCAUGUACAGUUUUACAAAGGAUGCACCAGUUCCUUUUGUUAAAAACUGAGUGUUUUGAAAUAUAAAAAUCUAUAUGAAAAUUAACUGUACAAAAGGGCCUUAAAUCUUUCACUGAUUUUCUUGGAAUUGUGUGAUGCCUUCUUCAGAAAAAUGAAUUGUUUAAAGGAAUUAAUCAUUAUCUAUUUUGUGUCAGUGUUUCUAUUGCUUUCUAGUGUAUUUCUUUGCACAAGUUCGGUUAUGGAAAAAAAAUUAUCUUGUACUUUUUUGAAACCGUGAUUAUCAGAGAAAGCAUGGCUGAAGUACUGAUUGUCAGAUAAUACAUAUAAUAGAUGACUAUUUCUGUAUUGAACUAUGGAUUUUUAAAUAAAUAU